AGACCUUGCAGAGCAGAACUGACCCCUCAGAAGGGCCACCUCCUGAGAUCCACAAAGAACACAUCCCCAGACAGUGAGCGCUGCUUGGGAGGCACCAACCCUUCAAAAAAAAUGUUUAAGCGCAUCUCCUGCCCAUUGUACCGGGGUGUGAUUUCCUGCCGGUCUUUUUAUCUGACCAGCAGACACAGAGGCCGCACUCACCGAGGCCAGGACGGUCUUGGCCGAAGAAGACUCACCCGGCAGAGACGGGAUGCAAAGAUGGCCUUGCACCCACAGGCCGGAAGACCUCAUGGCCAUCACAGAGACGGAAGUGAGCCACAAGCUGAAGCCACAGCCCAGGACGCGGGGAGGCCAGAUGUCUGCCCCAUCCCAGGGCUGGGAUCUCAGGCUGCUCGAAGACCCCGAAGGAGUGUAGGGACUACAUCUUCCCCAAGAGUUCCUCGCCCUGGUGCCCUCAUGCCUGCAACACGCAGCCGUACAAGAUUUAUCCACUGCCGGGGUCAACCCCCUCGGACCCAUGUCAACUCCAAGAGACCCAAACGGUCCAGGAUCCGUCGAUGCCACACUCGGGUGUCAGGCUGGACCCAUGAGAAACCGAUGGGGAGCAGUGUCGAGGAGGGGCUCAGGCCUGAACUAAGUCGGCUGGACCAAGAUGCAGGUGGGUCUUAUGGCAGCAGGGAGGGGCAGGGAAAACCCUACUGAGCCAAAACGCUGAGGCUUCUUACCACCUACCUGCCCAUAGACCUCCUGGAGGAAGAAACUGCCAGACCCCCUAUGACCUCCUUGGAGGGGCUCUUCCUGGAAGGGGAUAAGCAGCCCAAUCCUGGUCAGGGCCCUUUCUUUUACAUCGGAGGCACCAAUGGAGCAUCAAUAAUCAGCAGCUACUGUGAGAGCAAGGGCUGGCAACGCACUCAGGACAGUCACUGUGAGGACUACAAGCUAAAGUGGUGUGAGAUCAAGUGCAGGGACAACUACUGCAGCUUCCGGGAAGGCCAGCAGUUGCUGUUCCAGCUCCCCAACAAUAAGCUGCUUACUACCAAGAUCGGGUUGCUCAGUGCCCUGCGGGAGCAUGGGCGCACUUUGAGCAAAGCCAGGCUGCUGCCCAGUACCCAAGCCAAGGUCCUGAAAAUGGACGAGUUUUUUCCAGAAACCUAUCGGCUGGACAUCAGGGAUGAGAGACAGGCCUUCUUCACUCUAUUUGAUGAAACCCAGAUAUGGAUCUGCAAGCCCACGGCCUCCAACCAGGGAAAGGGCAUCUUUCUGAUCAGGAGCCAUGAGGAGGUUGCUGCCCUUCAGGCCAAGACCCAGAGCAUUGAGGACGACCCCAUCUACCGCAAGAUGCCCUUCCGUGCACCUCAGGCACGGGUGGUGCAGAGAUACAUCCAGAACCCGCUGCUGCUGGACGGGAAGAAGUUUGAUGUGCGCUCCUACCUGCUCAUUGCCUGUGCCAUGCCCUACAUGGUCUUUUUUGGCCAUGGCUAUGCCCGCCUCACCCUCAGCCUGUAUGACCCUCAUUCCAGUGACCUCAGUGGCCACUUGACCAAUCAGUUCAUGCAGAAGAAGAGUCCCCUGUACAUGGUGCUGAAAGAGAGCACUGUGUGGAGCAUGGAGCACCUCAACCGAUACAUCAAUGACAAGUUUAGGAAGACCAAGGGCCUCCCCAGAGAUUGGGUCUUCACCACCUUCACGAAACGGAUGCAGCAGAUCAUGGCCCACUGCUUCCUGGCUGUCAAGUCCAAGCUGGAGUGCAAGCUGGGUUACUUUGAUCUCAUUGGCUGUGAUUUCCUGAUUGAUGAGAACUUCAAGGUGCUGUCUUGGGAAGAUGAGGUGUGGCUGCUGGAAAUGAACUCCAACCCUGCCUUACAUACCAAUUGUGAAGUCCUGAAGGAGGUGAUCCCUGGAGUGGUUAUGGAGACUUUGGAUCUAGCUCUUGAGACCUGUCAAAAGAGCUUGCAUAGUCAGAAGAUGCUCCCUCUGCUGUCACAGCGUCGCUUUGUGCUCCUUUACAACGGCGAGACUACGGACCUGUGGCCGCGCAUGGGGGGCUCGCGCCCCUUUGCCCGCCUGCCUCCACCGCCACCUCCCCGGCCCACCUGUGAGUUCGCAUCCUCUGCGCUGUCCUCACCACGUGCAACCACAGACAGGACUGGAGCACGCAAACUGGUGCAUUCCAGGGACGCUUGCACCUGCAGCUUCCGCAAAUCGCGGCUGCCUGAUUCCAGCGGAGGAUUCCGAGCCGAGUCCGAGCCCUCUCUCUGCUCUGGGUCCCCAGAAAGCAGCAGGGACACGGCUGGGGAGCCCUCCCUGGGGCCGUCCGAGGAAGAGCGCGAGGAGGAACAAAGGAGCGCGAGUCACCGGGGCUCCUAGCCGCCAUAAGCAUCCAGCGACCCUGCUAGCGGCCGUGCCCUCUCCAGGACCUAUAAAAAGCUACUUUGUGACAAA